AUGCCUCCUCCAGGCCUUUCACUCGCUGGGCUGUGGAUGGGUAGGGCUAUGAGCUGGUGUGUUUUGGAGCCUCGACCCCCAGGGAAGAGGUGGCUGGUGGCCGGGCUGGGGAACCCGGGACUGCCGGGCACGCGGCACAGCGUGGGCAUGGCAGUGCUGGGACAGGUGGCGCGGCGGCUGGGUGUAGCGGAGAGUUGGGCGCGCGACCGGCGUUGCGCCGCGGACCUCGCCUUAGCUCCACUGGGGGAUGCCCAGGUGGUCCUGCUCCGGCCGCGGCGGCUUAUGAACGCCAACGGGCGCAGCGUGGCUCGAGCAGCCGAGCUGUUGGGACUGACUGCUGAGGAAGUCUACCUGGUGCAUGAUGAGCUGGACAAGCCCCUGGGAAAACUGGCUCUGAAGUUGGGGGGCAGCGCCAGGGGCCACAAUGGCGUCCGUUCCUGCAUUAGCUGUCUCAACUCCAGUGCAAUGCCACGGCUGCGGGUGGGCAUCGGGCGCCCCGCACACCCUGACGCAGUGCACGCUCACGUGCUAGGCUGCUUCUCCCCAGCUGAGCAGGAGCUGCUGCCUCUGCUGCUGGAACGCGCCACCGACUUGCUCCUGGACCACAUCCGUGAGCGAAGCCAGGGGCAGCCCAUGCUGGACGCCUGA